CAGCGUACAGUUGAAAAACACGUGAAUGUUUUCCUUUCAAGCAUACGCAUAUUGAAUUUAUGUGAAUGAGUGGAAACAUUAUACCUCAAUACAUAUGUAUGUAGUUGUGUAGGCGUGAAUGGUAAACAACAACAACAACAUAACAGCAACAUAAAACCAACCCAAAAGAAGAGGGAACUUUUUAUACCUACACAAAAGCAAAACGCGCACACUAAGCCAAUAUUUACCAACACAUGCGAGCUAUCAUGCAAAUACGUGUACGCAUAGAUACUCUUACACAUGCAUUUAUAUAAUUGUGUUUGCAAAAGAGCGAGAGAGCGCAGUCAUACUUCUGAAAGUCAACGGCAUAUAUCUACGCUGCUUUGCGUAGCCGACGUCGACGUCAUCGUACAUAAAACUCAACGUAAUUGCCUUUGUUCGGCGCGCUGCCAAGUGCAAAAGCAGCGUAAGAAACCGUUUAAAUUGCGACUGCUACUAGCGUGUGUAUAGCAAAGCGUUUUUAAAUCUGUAGCGAAAAAGACAUAAAUACUCAGCAAUAUUCAAAAGAAAAAGGAUUUUAGUGCGUACAAAAAAAAAAUUAUUUAAUAAAAAAAAUUAAUAAAAAAUAAAUAUUGAAACAAAUUUCAAUACAUAAAUGAAAAAGUGAAUAAGUACAAGAAAUUAUUCAGUUCAAACUUAUUAUUACCCACACAGUAAGAAGUGCUAAUGAAGCGACAAACAAUAUUUAAAAGAGAAACUCAAAAGACGUUGUUAAACCGAAUUUAUUGAAAAAAAAAAAUAUUUUUUUUUGAAGAAAUUAACUCUAGCAGUUUGUUAUAAAGUGCUAAAUAUUUCAUAAAUAAAUACGCGAAAAGAUGUCUAAACACAAAUUGUGCUAAAAAAAAAUCAACAAAGAAAAUUUCUUUGACAAUAUUCUGUAAAUAACCGUAUAUCAAGGCAACAGUUGCGCAUUUCCGCUUCCGCUUUCAAUUCCUGGGCUGCUGAAAACUAUUUGCUUGAAGUACUCUCAUAUUGAGUAAAGUGGGAAAAAGUACAAAUUAUUCUUAAACUCCAAUACAAUUAUUUGUUUAUAUUAAACGUGCAAGGAGUAGAGAAAAUAUAAAUAAUAUAAAGCAAAAUGUCUGUGCCAAUGCUGUUGACCCUCACAGAUCCCACCGCCACAUUGGGUGCCGAGCUGGGCGAAACACUGCUGCUGGAUGAGCAUAUAACAAGUACAUUGAACAACAGUUAUAACAAUCCACAAUCAAUUUCCCAAACAACCUUCUCCAAGAAAUCAUGUCAACAGUGCGCCUCGUACGUGGACACCGCGGCAAUCGUAAACGAGUUGCUUGUUUUGGAUACCGCUGCGCAAACUACGACUACCGGACCAUGCACGCCUACCCUGCAGCAAUUCGUCGUCGAAAUGCAUACCGAUUUGGGUCCUAACGAACGUGUCGGACUCACCGGUGACGUGAAGGCUUUGGGUGAAUGGCGCUUGGAGCGUGCCAUUGCACUGGAACCGCAACAGGGCGGCAUUAGAUGGCAGGCCAAUGUGCUAUUGCAGACUUGUCGCAAUAUUAGUUACCGUUAUUUCAUCUAUGUGGAAGACAAGCAGGGCCGCAAGCAGAUACGUCGUUGGGAGACACGCCUGCAGCCGCGCGUGUUGAAGCCUGCUGAUGUGGAGUUAACAAUGAGUGGCACCAAAACGCGUGUGGAUCGUUUCGGCGAUGCCGAUGGUAGCGGUGAGACGCAAGUGAAUCGUGGUUGGUUGACUAAUGAUUGCAUUGUGCAACUGAAGUUCGAGCGCGAGCAAAUGUUUCAAGUACUCGAUAUUGAGAAAUUCGAUCCCGCCGAUGAGGUAUUGGUUAAGAUAUUGCCUUUGAAUGAGGAAAGCGAACCAACCGAGGCUGGUGUUCAUGUAGAGGUGGCUAAAUUGAAAUAUGGUGAGAGCCAUUUGCAACCACAGCAGGCUUUUGGCAUACCCUACGUACGUGGUGAUGUUGUUGUAUUCCACAUUACAGCGCCGUGCCCAUUGCAAACCGCUUUUGCGCUCUUAUUUCACACGCCCGAUCAGCGCGCUAUCGGCAAGGCAGUCAUUACUGCCGCACAGCUGGCAGGCAGCGAAGGUGUGCUGGAAUUGUCCAUCACCGAGCCGGUGCCCGAGGCUACCACCAUUAUUGCGCGUCUAACGCUGCCAUAUUUGAUUGUCAAGCCAUUCGCUGAUAAAACGCUUGACUUCCGCACCACUUACGCGCAUUACUGGCCCAAGAGUUGGCCCAAUUUGAAUGUCGGCCAUCGUGGUAACGGACGCAGCUACAUUGCCGAUCCGCCAGCAGAGCGUGAGAAUACAAUUGCUUCGUUUAUGCGCGCUUACGACAAGUUCGCCGAUAUGAUUGAAUUAGAUGUGCAUCUAACGGCCGAUGGUGUGCCGGUAAUCUACCACGAUUUUGGCAUGCGUACAGCGCGGCAGGGUAAGGAGAUCACUAAAAUCGAGCAACUGGAAUAUGUGUUGAUCAAAGAUGUGAGCUACGAGAAAUUAAAACAAUUGCGUGUAUUCGCCGUUAUAAAUGGCAAACCAGUCGAAUUUCCCUCACACAACACCGAGUCACGUGUGGAGCAUCGUAUAUUCCCAACGCUAGUCGACGUACUCGAAGGUCUGCCCAAGUCGUUGGGCAUCGAUGUGGAGAUCAAGUGGCCACAGCGUCGUGCUAGCGGCGCACCCGAAGCGCACCAGACAAUCGAUAAGAAUUUCUUCACCGAUCGCGUGCUUGCGACCGUCAUCAAUCACGGCUGUGGUCGACCGUUACUCUUCUCUAGCUUCGAUGCCGAUAUAUGCACAAUGUUACGCUUCAAGCAAAAUCUCUUUCCUGUGAUGUUCUUGACCCAAGGUCAAACCAAGAAAUGGUCGCCAUUCAUGGAUCUGCGUACACGCACUGUAGAGCAGGCUAUAAAUAAUGCGCAAGCUUUCGAAUUGGCUGGCACUGCGCCACAUGCGGAGGACUUGUUGAGUGAAGAGGGUGCACAGUUGUUGCAGAAAGCACGGAACUUGGGUCAGAUCUCACUCGUCUGGGGUGAUGACUGCAAUUCGAAGGAGCGUGUUAAGUAUUUCGUUGAAAUUGGUGCGACUGCCACUUGCUACGAUCGCACGGAUUUGUAUAUACCCGAGGGCAAAGAACGUGCAUUCUUCAACUCGUCUAGUCUGUUGGCGGAAUUCGAGGAUCAGUGCCUGCGCUAAGCUGAUGAAGGAGAAAGUGAUAAGGAGGGGCGUGCGAAAACGCAUUAGGGUGGGUAGUUUAUAAGUGGAAAUGUCACUUAGGUCUGCCGAUCGGUGCAAAGUGGGGGGGUUAACAUGCCAACUUUUUUUUAUAUGGGCAUAUGAGUAGAGGCAUGAACAACGUUUUUUAUAAUAUGAUACUAAAAUAUAUUUUUUUAUGAAAACAUACACAGAUAAAUAUUAGAGCAAUAUUUGAAGAAAACUCACUUAAGCAAAUGCAUAAAGGAAAGAGCAACAAAAAAGUAGCAUUACUUAAAUUUUAAUCUAUACACACUUAUAUACAUAAACACACAAAGCUAAUGUAAUUAUAAGAAAAUUAUGUUUUAAAUAUGCUAUAAUAUUGCUAAAAGGAUAGAAGAAAAAAAAAAACAAAAAAAAAUACGCUUAAAAUAUUUUUGGAAAAAAAAAA